AGAGCCGUGCACCACUCCCACUUCAUAGUUCACACUUUUCUAGAUUAUCUUUCCUGUUUUUAUUUUCCUCAACCUGAAUCAUCACAAAUAAAGCUGCAGGUACAAGAAAAUAAUUAAAAAUCGCACACAGAAAUCUGGUUAUACUGAAAAUUACAAAGUGUAUCUACAAUGGGGCUCUCUGCAAUUUUUCGAAGAGUUUUCACUGAAGAAAAAAGUUCAGAAGAGGUGAAAAAUGAAAAUAAGAUUGCUUCAACCCUAAUGGAAAAAGAAGAGGCGCAGAAAGAAUGGGGCUAUGACUUGUACCCAGAGCGAAGGGGUGAAAAAUUCACUCCUAGUAUAGGAAGGAUGUUGUGGUUCGGAGAGAGUAGUAGUGAUAUUGACAAACUCAAGUGUGAAAAGAACGUCUAUUCCUGUGCUAAAAAUAGUCCACUGAUAAAGCUGAUGAUGGGUGCACUUAGGAGCUCAGGAUGUGAAAUUGACCUCCGUAGACACAUUGCCUGUGAAUUUUGUGAUCCAAGUGUGACGGGAGGCUACGACCCACUACUUAACCAAAUUGUAGUUUGCCAAAACGUAGCAAAGGAGGAGGGUUUAGUGCAAGGUGUGAUGGCUCACGAAAUGGUCCAUAUGUUCGACUACUGCAGGCACAAGCUGGACUUCAAGAACUUGAAACAUUUGGCGUGCACUGAAGUACGAGCCGCAAAUUUAACAAACUGCAGCUACAUGUCAGCUUGUGUACAAGGAGACGCCUCACCGAUUAGAAUUCAACAGACGCAUAGAAAUUGUGUGCGUACAAAGGCGAUAGCGUCAGUCAAAGCCGUCAGAAAUGUGACUGACGAGCAAGCAGCUGAAGCUGUGGACAGUGUUUUUGACAAGUGUUACAAAGACUUGGAGCCUAUCGGGAGACGGAUAAGGCGGAAUUCCUACGACAUGCACAGAGCAUAUUACGAGGGACAUAGAUAUGGAUACACAUAGUUGUUACGGCAACAUAAUUAAAUAGUUUUUAUUAGAUAAUAUUUGUAUUAUACAAUUUACGACAAGCUAAGACCCUUUCUUAGUAACAUAAAAGUAAACUUAACCAGCAGAUAAAAAAUAAUAAUAUUCAUAAUUUUAA